UCUCUCCUAUCGUUGUCCUGUCGGAUGGGAGCAACAUGGCGUUUCCUGUUACUUGUUCUCAAAGGACAAAUUGAACUGGAAAAACUCAUUGGAUAGCUGUGCUUCGGUUGGUGGAUGGUUGGUAGCCAUUGAGUCCAAGUCAGAAAAUAUGUUCAUAAAGUCAAGAUUACAUCAUGAGUUUGCAAGCCAUUAUUUUUGGCUGGGUGCUACCGACCAAUUUCGUUCUGACAAGAAAUGGUACUGGGUUCAAACGGAACAAAACAUUAAAACUGGAUACAGUGAUUGGUAUCGUACAGAACCCGACAAUCCGGGAAAACAGCAUUGUCUUGCAAUGAGGAAGGAUUUCCAUUACCAAUGCUCUAAUGAUCACUGCAAUCAAAUGUUUGGCUACAUCUGUGAACGACCAUUGCUUCUUUUGACCUCAGCGCAGCUUUAAAAGAAGUGGACUCGGAUAUGUGACAGUUGACAUUUACAUGUAUGACUAUCUGAAC